GUUUAGGAUGUAAUUAGCAAAUUUCACUAGAAAAGAAGGUUGUAACCCUAACUCCAUAUUCUAAAUCCGUAGAAAUUCGCGCGGUUACAAGGAAAUUGCAUCUCUCUCUACAGAUUACAGGUUCAUAAUUCAUUAAUUCCAGUUUUGUUUUCCAUCUUCAGUUUAGUAUUUCCUGCUCAAUUCAAGUAACUUUUCGAGGAAAGAAAUUGAAGAAUUUCUUCGACAAUUCCAUAAAAUUAAAGGUUUAUUUAGGACUAAUUUUACAAUUGUGAGUUUUAAGAUUUCAAUUUUGCAGUUCACCAUUAAAUAUUUGAGUAAGAAAGAAUUCAACAAAAUCCAGAUUUUGGGGGUUCAGUGGGUUGGAUACAGCACUGGAAUAUGGUGCUGGUAUUAGCAAUAGGGGAUUUACAUAUCCCACAUAGAUCACCUGAUCUCCCUGCCAAGUUCAAGUCCAUGCUUGUUCCUGGCAAGAUUCAACACAUCAUCUGCACUGGUAAUCUCUGUUCCAAAGAAGUACAUGACUACCUAAAAACAAUCUGUCCAGAUCUCCAUGUUGCUCGAGGAGAAUAUGAUGAAGACACGCGCUAUCCUGAGAUGAAAACCCUAACCAUUGGUCAAUUCAAACUUGGACUUUGUCAUGGUCACCAGGUUAUUCCGUGGGGGGACUUGGACUCUCUAGCCAUGCUUCAGAGACAGUUAGAUGUAGACAUCCUCGUGACUGGGCACACACAUCAAUUUACAGCAUACAAGCAUGAGGGCGGUGUUGUCAUAAACCCAGGAUCUGCCACAGGUGCAUACAGCAGCAUCACCUAUGACGUCAAUCCAAGCUUUGUUCUCAUGGAUAUUGACGGGCUUCGUGUGGUUGUCUACGUGUAUGAGCUGAUUGACGGUGAAGUCAAGGUGGAUAAGAUUGAUUUUAAGAAGACAACUGCUCCCCACUCUCCUCACUGAUGUAAAACUACUUCGCAGAUGUGCCUUUUUCCCCUGAAUCUGAGACAGAGCGACGGUGAAUCUUACACUUUUCGUUGUCUCGAUAUAGUUGUCUUGAACUGGUUAUGAUUUAUGAAAGCUUUUAGUAGAUCGACUUAGGUUUGUAACUUGGGUUUGUCAAUUGUGAGUUUAUAACCUGGCUUUGUGCUUGCUUACUUAGUUUUGACUUUGAGUUCUUCAAAUUCUUCUUGUCUGGUUUAUAUGCAGCAUCUGCACUGUAGUGACAUUUUACGCUGUUUAAGUAGUGCUACGUUGCGAUGGUCCAUUUUUCUUAGUCGUGGAUUGUAGAAGAGCACUUGUGCAUCCUGUUGCAUGGCAGCAUGGAGCAUCGUAUACGUGGGCAUGUGAUGUGUAACAGAUUUGCUGGUUAAAAGAAAAUGAAUGUAAAUUUUGUGCAAAA